AUGGCCGAGAAGCCGGACGAUCUCUACCUCCCCAAUGCCGUUAUCGGGCGCAUAAUUCGUGAAGCAGUAAGUCUCUUCCUCUCUCGACUGAUCUUAACAAGUUUUUGGGUUUCCUAAAGGUUGGCAUGUUACGUCAAGAACGGUGUCGCCGGAACCAGAAUUAACCGACCUCAAGGUCAUCUCGAUUCCAGUACACUAAUCUGACCCACGUUCCUGAACCUCAUUGGUUUUCGCAAAUUGGUUGUCAAAGUUCGGUUUGUGGAAGCCGUGCUUGUGAAUAGCCGUUCACGUCUUCUGUAGACCAGUUUUACUCAUUGGCCCCUCCUUUUUCCGAGCAUAUUAUACCCAAAACAGAAACCGACACUAUCAAAACCUGUCGUUCACUGUGCCUAGGUAGGCCCCUUUUACAGGACGGUCGAGCCUCCUUCGGUCGUACCGCGUGAUCACUCUACGCAUAUUUACAAUCUCUGUAAAUUCAUUCGGUUCUAUUGUAAAACACCCAACAGCCGCGGUGGGAUUCGAACCCACGACAACAAAGCCAGCGCUCAAACCACUUGAGCGACGAGGCCCCACUAGGAGCCAAGAGUUUAAUCACAUUUAGGUCAUUUUAUACCUUCCCCCCAGCCCAUUGCAGCGUAUGGAAUCCGCCAAUUCUGAAGCAGUCACCUGACUCACCAAGCAAGAUUUCCUGAGAAAUCAGCAUAGAAUCCAGACACAGUGUCCAAGUAUAGUUCAUGGCGCAUUCAUCUCACACUAAAUUAACUUCCCCUUCAGCCUCAUCUAGCCUUAACGAACAUUUUUGUAUCAUAUAAGAUUGUAGUUUAAGUCAUAGUCUCCUGUGCUGGGCUUUUUAACCGAAGUAGUAAUGGCCGUAGUAUUCAACCAAUCGCUUAACAUUGACGCGGCAGUUUGUGUGCACAUUUGUUUCUCGGGAUUUCUGUAGUUUUGUGCCUGAUUUUGGGAAUGCCGGUGUGUUUUGGGGUUUGGAUAAUUCCCGAGGUAGGAUUCCGAAAGCUAAUUGGUUAGGAUACGUUUGUUUUCGGUAAAUUCCUAUCAGGUCGACACAUUUACAUGAGAACGGGGUCAAACUAAACAUUUGAAUGAUAAGAGCAUUCGACCAAAGUUUGUCUUCACGCAAGCAAGAUAUAUGGCAAGUGACGAACUGAGGACACAUGGUGAUGGUCUGAGCUGGCAACCUAUCCCUACUUUUGUGUAAAGUGGGGUUGGUCAAGAGUAAAAGCCAUUCCUGCCCGGAGGGUUCGUGAAAGAGCUUAUUUAAGGCGUCUUCUCAGGAGCCCACUCGCUCCGUCCUCUUGAGUGGGGAGGCUUCGGGGAACAGAGUUUUCGUUUUGGGGCCAAUGCAGUGGGUUUUGCCGGUCUUUCGAUAACAUUCUUCGCAAUAAAUCCGUCAGGGUGCCCGUUUUUGCGGAGCGGCGUCUAAACUCCUCAUCUAUGCUGUUCUCGAGCAAAUUCCUCCAGUCCUUUGCGCCGAUCACCCCGGCUAGAUUGUGUUUCUUCUGAAGUCUGUAUGUUGUCCAGCGCAAGUUUUCUGGUAAACGCCCGUCUGAUUGCUACAGUCGGGUCUUCUGCCGAGAAGGAUGUCUAAGUUAACUAACCUGCAAUUUCCGCCUCCAACGUAAAUUUGAUCGAUGGAUGUGUCUUAUGUACAGCUCUUCCUAACCCCCACUUGUAUAAGAAGACAAACUUUAACCGUUUUCUUGGCAAAAUCUUAUUCCUUAGCGGUUAGGGAUUGGGGUUAGGGGUUAGGCUGAGGCUUGUCUACAUCAGGUAUGGCUACGAAAUAAGAUCCGACUGAUUCCUCUUAUCACUCACAUGUUUCACUUAACUAAUUUCUCAUAUAAGUGUACUGGUUUUACGAGAAUUUAUCAAAGGCAAAGUAUGCUCGCCGACUAGUCUUCCGGAGCGUGUGUGUGUGUGUCAAACUGGGCGAUAGUUGCAGUCCGCAGACGUCUAUUGAAGUUUGUCUUCUGUGAGCACUGUUCAAGACGUCUGUUUUCGACGGACGCUCCCAGGUUAGUGCCACUAUUACCACUGGAUUGAAGACCGUUUGAAUGCCUUUUUUAUUCACCACGCUGCAACAAGUUCUGUGCGGAGUAAACAAACGGAUCGGGCGACCCAGGACGCACGCGGUCAUCGUGAGACGGCGUGAAUCCGACCCCGCCACGGUCAUACAGCCUUCCGUCUUCCCUCCACCAAGGCCUUUUCAGCCCAUAGAAGUCCUCAGUCUCUAAAAAUGGGCUACUGAACGAGUCCGAAAGCCCGGACCAGUACAACUACCAUUCCAAUAAUCCCAUGCUCUCCUUCUUUUCAACUAAAAUCUGGGCCUCGAAUAUUCGACCCGCUAUUCAAGCAGGAAAACUCUUCCGUGGUUUCAAGACACUAGUUAGAAUAGGAUACAGCCGAGAUGAUCAAGAACAUGUCAGGGGCAAAGCAAACGCAGGACUCCAUUACCAAUUUGCGUUUUCGUAACCUAAGCGCAAUUAUGAACUUUGGUCUGUAACUUAGAGAAGUAACGCGACCAUUUGUGGAAACCGACCUGAUGGGUCCCUCAAAGCGAACUUCCUUCCUCAUCUGGUGCUUGUGACCGCGAACAGACCAUCAUCUACGAAGCCACAAUCCGACAGUUCGACCGUCAUGUCCGACGACUUCCAUCGUGUGCUCCACAGCAAGCUCGGUGACUUGCACGUUAAUUAGUUUAUGGGGAGCGUGGACUUGCGAAGCAUCCGCCGCACACUCUCCUCCCCACCUGGGCCUGGGUUCGAGACAUAGUUAAGAAGGUCGGAGUUGGGAAAGGACACCGGUGAUCGGCGUGGCCGGACUCGCACCUAGGCAUACCAUCACACCCCCUGGUCCACCAUAAACACUUGACCAGGAUUUUAACCAACAUCAAUAGGACCACAACGGGUCAGAAAGUCGAGGAUGGCUGGGCAACCGUGCUCACCACCUGUGUACCCAGCAGGAGCGCAACCUUUUCUACUGGCAGGGAACCAGGGGCCAAAUAACUCCAAGUUUGCCCGUUUUGAUUUAAACGUCCUUCUAUUUCUCAAUUACCGCGGUUACUGUUCCUAAAGAAACAGGGAUUUGAACCACUGCCUUUGCAGCGGACAUUCCUCAUUUCGAGGGCUUGGUUGGUCCGCACGAGGAUCAAAAUCAACCCCGUUUUUCGUCUCAUAACCCUACAGUAAAUCUCUGGUAAUGGUACUUUUUCGCGACAACAACGAUUACUAUGAUGGUCGGGGACGCUCACCGAUCGUUCAUACGAAACUCAGUCGUUCCGUUGUGCUUUACGGGCUCUGUCUCUCUCUCUUGAGCCCAACCAGCAGCCGCACAGCGGCGCAUGAUAUAGGUAGUAUAGUAUUACCGACAAUGACAAGGGGGAUUGGGAUGGCCAUUUAUGGCUUAUUUGCCGUCGUCAGCCAGUCAUACCCAAUCCCCAAGUGUGGAACACCCGAGGCUCGAACUCGCGACCUGGUAGUUAGAAGUCCACGUCUCUAACCACUGGACCACGAGCCCGUUGCCCUACCGACGACGGCUAAUAAACCAGAAACGGCCAUUCCAGUCUCCCCUGUCUUUCUCGGUAAUAAGGUCUUGCCUAUAUCAUGCGCUGCUGUGCGGCCGCUUGUUGGGCUCGAGAGAGAGAGCCCGUAAUGCACAGCGAAACGAAUGAGUUCCGUAAGAACGAUCGGUGAGCGUCCCCUACCAUUGUAUAUUCCCGAUCGAAACCGACAGGGCAACGGGCUCGUUGCCCAGUGGUUACAGGCGUAGACUUCUUACCAACAGGUCGCGAGUUCGAGUCCCAGGUGUUCCACACCUCGGGGUUGGGUAUGACUGACUGACGACGGCUAAUAAGUCAGAGAUGGCCAUUCCAGUCUCCCUUGUCUUUGUCGGUAAUACAACGAUUACGCCCAAUGAAUGCGCGCCUAUUCGCACACACCUUUUAGUUGCCAGAGAAGACGGUUGUCAGUCGUGAGGCCCGCUCCGCCAUCAGCAAGGCAGCCAGCUCCUUCAUCCUCUGCGUCACCUCGAUGGCGAGCGCACACUGCGAGGCCGGCAAGCGCAAGACCCUGGCUGCAUCCGACAUCCUGGGAGCCCUUCGUGACAUGCAGUUUUCCUCCUACGAAUCUCCCCUCCUGGAAUUCCUCGAAAGUAAGGCAUCAGUGCGGCGUCUGCGUCUCUGAUGGGUCAGAGUCUUUUGCCAGUUUCUUGCUUGCACAUUUUUACGACCACUGGGACACACACACAAACAGUUACAGAAAGAUAGAGGGGAAGCAUACGCAGUUGGAACCGCCAACUCCGUCCCAGAUGCUCCACCUCUGAACUAUGGUGGUCACAUCUCCUGGUGUGCAGAUUCCAUAGUUCUUGACUCGCCAGGCGAGCCGUCUUUCAGUGUGCAACAUGGGCACGCUAAAUAUGACCUGUCUUACGGCCUUGGCGCCUGCGUGCGCAAAUGUGAACUCGCGGUUGGGCGUCUUCCCUCCCCAAUAUGGAUAAUAUGUCAGAUUAUGGAGAACUGGGGGAAGGCCUUUUAGAACUACGCACAAAUCGCGUUCUUGAAAUACGGUUUGGAACAAUAUUGGCGUUCGGCAAUGAAUAUGUUCCCAAGACUUUAUGAAAAGUCACUAACUGUGCUCAUCUCAUUUUCGAGGACAUACUUGUGCGAGUCUGGAUUUAAUGGCAUUUAGUCAAUCAAAACCUAGUUCAGAAAUCGUUCGGAUGCACAAGCUGACAUUUAAAUUGCUAUUAGCAACAAAGUGUCACGAUUUGACAAACUGUUAUCCGAUAGACAGGAACAAAAGAGUCAUCAUUUUUUAGUUUAUUAAUAAAAUUCGAUCACACAACUUUGUUUUCGUUUUUAGAAACUGGUGUUGGGGGAUGUGAUGACAUAUUCGAAAGUUUUUCAGGGGAUCAAGACAUGGAAAAGAUUAGGGACCCGUGGUCUAGAGCCGUGUUUUUUACUUCCUAACUAUCCCCAUUUCAAUACCUGCGAUACUAGCGCCCAUCCUCCAGCAUAUGUUUGACUUUCGUCAGACGUAUUCCAAUUAAGCGCAUCCGACAUUUUUGCGUGGUAGCUGCUUUCUAUGGGUAUUGUUGCAAUCGCAGCUUUUUAGGGCCUUCAGCGCAUUCAGUCAGUGGCCUUCUUGGGUGACAAAAGGGAUCAGCAGAAACGAAUCAAGAAGGAUAGCAUCAAAUUUCUCUUGCCUGUUUUCCAUGUCUUCACUGGUCAUUCCUAAGCGGAGUUGUGGGCCCUAUCAUGCUGUGCAAGCUUCGGAAGAUGGUUUCAGCAAGGUUCCACCGUUUACCACUUUUCUGUUUGUAAGCAUUACUUACCUGCAGUUUUCGGAAUGCUCUUGUAGACUAUCGAACUGCGAUGAAUGCAAAAAAGGCCUUAAAGAAGAAUCAGACGCAGAACGAGACUUCUUCUGUCAACGCCCAGCAGGCAUCCGAGGUCAUCAGCCUUGACAAUGUAGACGAAGCCGAGACGAGUAGACCUGCCGAGGAGGAGAACUCCAAAACUGUCGAUCAGCCGGGGACCUCCUGAACGUCCUCUCUGCCUGGGCAGUCGCAUUUGUUUCGUAAGCGUUCCCCCGUCCCACCCGGCCUUCUUUUUUCUGUGGCCGCCGAGAUUUCUACGUACACUCGAGCAUUUUAUAAACCUAUUUUAAUCAAUAAAAUCUGCCAGAUCACCGAUUUUUCAGAGUACCAUUCCGACUUUGUUCCAUGAUAUCGCUUUGAGACGGUGAAUUCUGGGUUAUGCCGCCAGACGCUGGCAAUCACUCUCCAGAUCUUCGUCGUUUGUCGUUGCAGCCGGCUGUCCUGAGCUGGCUUGCUAGUGGAUCCGACGUGCAUGAAGUACUGCCUACUUGCACGGCCGUAUUUGCGAGCAUUCUGUGUCACUAGAAGAAGAUGCGAUCACUGGAACAAGAGGUGUAUUGACCUGACGUUUCGGAUUCUCACUCGAACCCAUAAUCAGAGUCAAUCGCGGAUAAGGGUAGUGAAGGCACAAAGACUUCAGUAUUUAUAGCACGUAGCUGCCGUGGGAUCGCAUACGCACUACAAUUAAGAGCUCUCGAGAUCACCGCUGCUGGGGGGUCGUAAUUGAUGGGAUAAUAGCCCGUCAGUCCGCGUCCGAGUCGUUAAUUGCCACAAUUUCGUCAUCCGCGUUGGAUGUUGGCGUGAUACUAACUCGGCGGCUUGCCUGCCGUCGUUGGGAUUGUUGCUCGCCCCUAACAUUCCCAUGUGACUGACACCCAUGCCCAGAAAAUGUCUUGGCACCGAAUAUGGCAAUAGGAGGUCAUUCUGCUUGUUGGUUUAUUACGGGUCCGAGAACUAUGAUCCGAGCAGUUCGCAGCUCACGCGGCUGUCACUUCUGGCGAGAUUGUUGGCCUCUUGGAACUUGAAAAUAUGACCGGGUCCCGUGGAAUGAGCCGCCACCUGAGAGCUGGCGUCUAUCCUCACCUUCGCUGCGUGCUCGGCCAUCCGCGUCUGGAGCGAUCUCCCAGUCUCUCCAUCGUAGUUGCUCUGUCCGCAACUGCACCAAAUCCGGUAAACGACUCCAGACGUUUCCUGCCGGGACAGCGGGUCUGUCGGCCUAAUGAUCUGGUGCCUGAUGGUUGCUUCCGGCCUGUGUGUAACCCCAACUCCAAGUGGAGUGAGAAGGCGGCUGGCGGCUUCUUAUACGUCCACGUAUGGAAGAGCUCGUCAAAAUUUGGGUCCGCUUGGAUUCGGUCUUUGGUUUCGUUUGCGUACGCACUCGUUUACAAAGUUACGCGAGUAUACAUUGACUCUUAGUACCCCUCAGCAACCUUGUCUUCUGUUUCACUGCAAUGCGUUUCAACGCACCGGUAUAGCGAUCUUACGCAACUGCGUUUGUGACCGAUCGGGUGGUUAUUGUUGAAGUGCAGUAUUUCCGUCAUACUUGUCGCUUUCCUGAGCACUCUCAUUUUUAGGCCACAACAAUCUCUGCGGCAAAUGAGAACACCCAGAGGGGCCAGUUGGUUCUUUUCUUCUGUCUCACCUCCCGUUUUGAUCUGCCGCGCCAAAAGUCUUAUAUGAAGUGUUGCCAUUUGACGGGUUAACAAAGUCCACCUCCGGACUACGUGGUCUUUAUUGCGCUCUCGCUUAGGCGUGGCCCCGACGCCGUCCUAGUUCGGUGUCGCAGGCACGUGUGUUGCACGUGAAGGUCAGGUCCGGCAGCAUCAGUUGUUGCACACACGCGCCUCCGUCACUGGGACGUGUUGGGUGUGGGGGUGGAGACGGCGAGGUAGGUGCAGCGCAAGUCUGCUUCACUUUAAGCAUAUUUGGCUCGAAAGAGGUCACUCCGUCCCCCCCUUGGAACAUCAGUGGUAUUUGCCGCUGAGAAGAACGGACGUGUUACUAUAUUUGGCCAUAAACUUAUUAAAUGAACGCGAUGGGAUCGUUGCAGACUACAAAGCGGUGCCAGACCGUUGGUCAACAGUGUAGUUAUGGUUACUCAGCCGCCUAGGUGUCGUUUACGCCUGCCAAUAACUUGUGCAUACAGGACAACAUUUACACCGCAAGAUAUUGCCCGGCUGCCGAACCGCCCAAGUCGUUUCUCAUAGUCCAUACCUCUCUCUCUCUCUCUCUCUCUCUCUCUCUCUCUCUCUCUCGUGACGAUGCCUUUAAGCGCCACAAAACGUGGGCAGGUUUUAAAGCUCGACCCUCCUUACCAGGAUUACCUUCUAAAUUAUGGGUACGAUUCCGCAACUCGAGAUGAUACGUCCCCUCAAAUUAUCGGCACUCGCUAGGACCAAGCGGAUACUUUCAGCUCUCUUAGCAGAUUGCAGUGGACCAGUGGAGUCAACCCCCCAGCGAGCACAGACGAUCCAGGGAUCCUGUUUUUCGUCCCCGUUUUUUUUUACAAUCGAAACCUCCCAGGAGAACAAGGUUUGCCGAUGAACCAACCUCUUGCCUCACAAGUCUCUCUGACUGAUAGUCUAUAUGGCAGCGCACUUUUACAAACUUGUAUAACAGGGACGCGGCCGCGAAGUCGCUACGCCUCGCAGAUUAUUCUCAGUGCCCCUAUGGUCAAACCUACGCAGGCAACACAAACUAACUAGGACAAUCAGUCAGCGUCGGGUAUUAUUUUCUGAUUCCUGUCCGCGUGUGAUACCGUCUAGUUGUGUUGUGCGCAUUAGCCUAACCAAUGUUUUCAUAGUCUUUCCGGUCUCUGGUCCUUGCAAUUUGCUUUUUGUGGACCCUCCUCGACAUCUGCUUUCCCAGAAGCUGCGAACAUCACUCGAGUACUUUAAAAGGCCUAGUCAAUCCAGGGAAGGAUACCUGGAUUGUUUGAUAUUCUCCGAAGAUUUGUGCACAAUGCAAAGCGAAGCAAGUAGACGUGAAGUUAAUUAAGAAGGAAAAUUAUAGAGCACAGCAGCAUGUCCGGGGUCCUAGAGAAGGCUGUAGUUUCCAUUGCGCGGAUAGGAGUACAGGUGGACGCGUUCCUGACGAUCCAUGCGCAUAUAGAGGCCGAAACGGAAACCAUAUGCUAUGGCUGGAUGGCUGCCGGCCGCCUCCUCGCUGAAGUCCGGAUCGUGCAGGUGCCAAAUCCCAGGGCUUGGCGUCCUGACCCGCCUCUGUUGCUGAAAAGGCAAAAUGCCAUUCUGCAUUCGGAAAAUAGGACUCAUUUGCUACUGGGAGAACUUCAUUCCAAAAACGUCAUCCUAGUGUCAGCAAUUGCUGCUGCCGCAGUACCGGUCUCAUCUUAAUUACACUGGUGAUCUAACAGAUGAAAUGUGCCGAAAUUAGAUAAGUCAUCUUAUUUACUUUCACAGAUGUAGAAUGUCAAGUCCACGCUUUACUGGCCCUAUCGACAAAGCAAGCCUACAGCACGUAGUGACGAUAAAGUCAUCCCAAGAAAUAUGAUCGCCUAAGUUUUACAUUCUCCCAACCAUUCUGUUUACCACGGGGUGGUCAUCCCGGGCGCAAGACUUUGUGUCCCUCCCGAGAGGAUAUCGAAAGUUACUUUCUUUUUCCAGACGCCUAUCGUUUAUCGUUCGCGUGAAAUGCUUUAUCAGUGGGUCUGGGACAGUGCGUAUUUCGCACACCGAAUCACGUCUGGGCCUUAACGUCAAUGAACUGCAAGUGCUUGUUUAGUGCAAGAAUACUCAUCCAUACCUCAAGGCACAUUUUCACCACGGACAGUAACACUUUCCUCAGUAUUCGCAGGUAAUCCUUCUUACCCACAUUCGGAUUUGUUUAAUUAAAUGUGUCAGAAGCAAAAAGGUCACUAGCACACCAGGGACAGUUCACUCUCCCUUAUUUGAUUUCGGAGGAAAUCAAUGCGCCAACUUGGAGAAAAUCGUUCGGAGCAGACCUUUUCUGGCACAGUCAGAAAUUCGAUAUGAAUAACCGCUUAAUAUUCACAAACCGCCGAUAGGCAGCCAGUAGUAUAGAGUUGUGCAAUUAUUUACCGUACUAACGAACACGUAUUAACUAAAAGCCCAGACACGCGUGUUUCGCCGAUCUUGUGCCGCUGUCUGACUCAGCUGUUAGGGUUUCGGCUCAUCAGUGGGUCCCCCAGCUUUCCCCGCGUGUCUUCGGUAUAUGAACUCCAGUUUCAUCUUGCCAUGGUGGAUUUCAGCUCAAAUAUUCAUAUCAAAUUUUGGACCGUGCCUGAAAAGGUAUGUUCCGAAAGAUUUACCUUAAGUUGGCGCAUUAAUUUCCGACACGAUUAUUUCGGUUUGGUGUUUCAUCUUACAAGGCUGGGUCGUCUGUUUUAGACGGUCUAACGCGUUAUCUACAAUGACCUCGGCUCAGAGAGUUGAGCAGCGACCUUUGUAUACACUUAUUGUUUAUUUUUUAAUUGUUCUGUUUAAUUUCGGUUGCUGUAUGUCAAUUCAUUAAAAUUUUCCUGUUUGAAAAUGAAUUCACCAAUUCUUAUUUACCCAACUGUGAAAAACCCGGCGCCUCAGUGGGAUUCGAACCCACGCAGUAAGGGGAAUGCUUUACUACAGCCAACGCUCUAACCACCUGAGCUACGAGACCCCGCGGGACGACGCGAGUUUUAUCACAUUUGAAUUGACCAAUUAUCUAUACUUAUUCUGCCAUUCAUUUCUGCACACAUAGGCCCUGUCCGUAAAUCCCCUAUUACCACCUUUCCCGUAGGACAGCUGUCCUACACCGUUUAUUAGUGAAAUAUUAGUUAUUGGUAUUUAUUGUGGCUUUGGUAAGUCCUCAGAUGUGCAGUCGUUCUGCGAACCGUUGACUACAGAGUUUUUUUUAUCUCUGGGCAGGUUUGGUCUACGUAUCGAUGAUACCGACCGAACACUACACUUCAAACUAGGCGCUGUAAUUUGUGAUGCCCCAGCUAUGGCCUUCAUAAAGCUGGAUCAUGGGAAAUUUGGUUCAUACGGCAAAGACCAUAGAAGAUAUGAAGGUUAAACUUGAUAUCCUUUAUGAAAGCCGCCAGGGACAUGGGUGUUGGUGCGGCUCAACACCCACUCCAGCACCCCACGGGCCUGUGAUCCAGCGCAUAGCUACCAUUGAGGAGCUGGAUCAAUUUAAAAACGCUAUAGCGGACCCGAAGUUCAGACAGCAAACGGUAAAUAUGCCCUGUAAUUCAACAUUUCUUACUAGAUUUCCUACCUCACGGCUAACUGA